AUGGUGUUUGACAAGAACAUGAAUGUGUAUAAGCAUGAUGUAACGUCGAGUGCUGAGGAUGAUUCAGUUGAUAGUGGCGAGGAAGAAAGGCUGGUGGUAUGUAGGGAUGAUGAAAAGAAGCAGCGUGGUUUGAAAGCUAGGAAGAUGGUUUUAGUGAAAGGAAGUGGAGGGAAGAGCCAGGUGGUGAAAACUGUGAGGUUUGAUGAGAAUGGGAAUGUGUAUAAGGUUUAUGGGGAUACUCCAGAGGCAAGCAUUAGCGGUGAGGGAGAUGAUGACUCAACAAGCGGAUCAAAUGAUUGA